AUGGAAAGCGGAGCGAAUACGCGAUCCUUCAAUGCCGGCAAGAAGUUUGCGCCGCACGGCCCUCUGCGUGGCUAUGGCGUAGAUGGAAUGCGUGGUGACAAAGACGUGCGUGCAAACGGCACGUCGCACGCGAACGUACACGUCCUCCAUGGCCCUAGCGGCCGCAUUGCGUGCGUUGCGGAUAUCCGUGGCAACGUCCGCCUCCUGAACCAGAUUGCGCAGGAGACCAAGGCGAAGGCCAUUGUACACACGGGUGACUUUGGGUUCUACACGGGCGACUCGCUUGCGCGCAUGAGCGACCGUGCUUUGCGGCACGUCGUGCAAUACUCGCCGCUGCUUUCGCCCAAGCUGCGCUCGCUCCUGCUCGACACAGACAACAGCAACGGAAACGCUCUGCGCCAGGGACUCGUCGGCAACGCCGAGGCGGCGCUCUCCGAGUUUCCCGAGCUCGUCAGUGGCGCGAUCGCGCUGCGUGUGCCCGUGUUUACUGUGUGGGGCGCGUGUGAAGACGUGCACGUCGUCGAGCGCCUGCGCACCGGCGAGUACACCGUGCCGAACCUGCACAUGCUCGACGAGGCGACGACGCACGCGAUCGAGGUCGGUGGCGUGCGUGUGCGCCUCCUCGGCCUCGGCGGCGCCGUUGUGCUGCACAAGCUCUUUGACAAUGGCAGCGGCCAAGGCACGAUCGCCGGUGGCCAGGGCGCGAUGUGGACCACGAUGCUGCAGCUCGGUGAGCUCGUAGAAACCGCGCAGCAGGUGUACGACCCCAGCGAGGUGCGCAUCUUGGUGACACACGCCUCGCCUGGCCGCGAUGCGCUCCUGGCGCAGGCCGCGCUCGCGCUGCGCGCGGACUACUCGCUGAGCGCAGGCCUGCACCUGCGCUACGUGUCGUCGUACAAUGCGUUUGGUGUGCACGGCUCCCUGGACGUCUUCCGGGAGAAGCUCACCAAGGCGCGCGCCGAGUUUGAAGAGGUCUGGGACGCGGUCAAGGGCCAGGUCGAGAGCGCGAUCGAUCCCGCGCAGCGCCAUCUUUUGAACCAUGCGCUGAGCGUCGCGCUGCGCCUCCCCCAGCCCUUCUCGGCCGGCGGCCGCGAAGAGAGUGCGUGGAAGAGUGCGUGGUUCUUCAACCUGCCCGAUGCGCCGCUCGGCUCGCUUGUGCUGGACAUUAGCAACAGCCGCAUUGCCACCGAGACGCGCUCGCAAGGCACGAGCUUUGCGUCGCGCAGCGCCAAACCGCUCGCGGCGCCGCCCAAGACGAACGUUGUGCUGCCCCGUGCGCCGGAUGCGUCCGACAAUGUGCUCUUCCUCGGGCACAUGGGCGACGCGUUCCCGGUGUCGGAAGAGGACGUGAAGGCGUACUUUGGCGAGUUUGCCAAAGACAUGACCCACGUCCAGUUCUUCCCUGCGGAGCGCACGCGCCGCGGGGACAAGGACGAGACGCGCCUGCGCACCUUUGUGCACGUCGCCUUUAGCACGCCGGCGGCAGCACAGGCGGCGCUCGGCGCGCGUGGCCGCACGAUCAAGAAUACGUCGGUCGUCCCGACGCUCGAACCGCUCGCGCGCCGCGCGGGCGAGCGCAAAGAGCGCAAGGAGCGCCCCAAGCCCGAGGCCAAGGACGAGGAGCCCGCGUCGCGCCCCCGCGGUACGCGCUCGCGCGGCGGCCGUGGUGCGCGCAGCGCGGCCGCGCGCAAAGAGGCCCAGGCGCUCAAGAAGAGCGACGAAAAGCCGCCCCAAGCGGCACCCAACGGCGUGGAUACCAAAGCGCCGAGCGAGGCGCCCAAGCCGCGUUCGGACUAG